AUGAUCAUGUGUUGCAGCAACUGGGCCAGUGAUCAAUUUUGGCCUUCCGUCAUCCAACAGCGCAUACUCCCUUUGAUACAUCAUCUAUCAUCCUUCACCGAACCCGAAAGCGACGGCUAUGGCAUUCGUUUGAUAGACCAAGAGCUGUCGGCCAUUAGGGAGAUCGAAUGCGACCUCAGAACGCGCCGCAACGCACGAACGCGCACUUGCACCAUUCCACCGGAGAUCCUCGCCAACAUCUUCUCUAACAUCUUUCAUCCAACCGACAAUCUCAGUUGGAUUAUCGUCACAAAAGUCUGUAGGCAUUGGCGACAGGUUGCUUUAGACCACCCCUCGUUAUGGACCAACAUCUCUACCGCUUUUGGAGAUGAAGCGAUGAUUCAAAUGCUCGCACGUUCAAAGGAGUGUGUUCCCAUAACAUUCGAACAUUACGGGAGAAAGUGCGACUUUCAGGACCAUAUACUCCCGCACCUCCAUCGUGUCGAAAAAAUCUUGUUGCAUGACCACUCGCAUGCAAUAAAAGACAUUUUAUACGCCUUGGAACAAGGCACAAUUCCGAGACUCAAAUCCUUGACAGUCAGUGCGCGUGGGCAUUUCACAUUGCCUCUGAUUCCCUUACUUCGAGCGAACCUACAGCUGCACAGUGUCACAUUAUUCGAUGUCGGUAUACUACUUGACGAUGUUCCAGAUCUGCCACUUCGGAAAAAGGAUGAACAGCAGAUCAAGAAUCUCAGGCAGCUCCAUCUCAAUUCGCCCGAUUUUCCCUACCCUACAAUUGAUCAGUUAUUAAACGUGCUCGAGAGCUUUCCUAAUCUUCGUGGACUGACCCUAUCCGGGUUGACUCUAAUUGCUUCCAACUCCCCAGGUCCUCUAUGUCGCUCGGUCCACCUUCCUUGCCUUACGCAGCUGAAAUUAUCGGGAGUAUUGACGGAUUGCGCACAUCUCGUGGGUUGUCUAGAUCUUCCCCAACAGUGUCCGAUUACUAUCAACUGUUCCAUCUCCUCAGGGCAGGAAUUCGAGUCAGCCAUGCCAACGUUGGCUGGUCAUAUAACACGCACGGGUGUUUCUUCUCUGUUGUUUGAGCUUUCAGACAUGCACCAAUACCACCAUCCCGUCAUAAAGAUCACUCCUUGCGUUCAGCCCGUCGCUUUCCACGGUGUCGUGCCCAAGCCAUCCGUCAUCGGUGGCAGCCUUCGCCUGCUGUUUGAGUUUCCGAAUCCGGAACUCUUGCGUGACAAUAAUGGGCCCCGUACCCGGACGGCACGCGCACUCUGGGCAGCAUUGGAGCCAUACAACAUCCAAAUCAUUCGCAUUGACCUCAGGGACUGGCACCCACUGCUCGGACUAGCGGAUUUUUUGUGCUCUGACACUGUGCGGCGAUUGGACGUAUGGCGGACACCGGUUUCUGUGCCAGCUCUACUCGACCCUGACACACCACCCCCAGCUCUACUUGGCCCUGACACACCCCAACGCGUCGUCUUCCCUAAGUUACACACACUAUCUUUCUUCGGCUAUGAUUUCUCCGCAUUAGCCCUCCAGAAGCCCGAGCAAACACCAUAUCUCCUGGCUUUGGCCAGUUCUUUGGAGAGGAGGCGACAGUCUUCUGCACCCGUUCAGCAACUGAUAUUCAACGGUUGCCAGUAUAAACAGGAUUGGCUCGACGCGUUGAAAGCGGUCGUGCCGGGCUGCAUCUUGCGCGUAGACGGCGCACGUCGACUGUCAUUAUGA